AUGAACAGAGCACCGAGGACAGACACAGUUACUCCAACAGAAGCUUCAUCUUGGACCGCUGCUGUGCCAUCCUCAGUGAAAGGUCUCCUUGGCUCAUGUGUGGUGAUCCCCUGCUCUUAUAACUACCCAGAACCACAAAAAAGCCCCCAGACCUUCACGGGGAUUUGGUAUAAUAAUGAUAAUCAAGUCAUCUGUCAUUCUGAUGCAUCUCAAACUCCAGCUCAGUUUUGGAGUCGGACAAAGCUGCUGGGAGACCUCAGCAAGAAGAAUUGUUCUCUGAUGAUUGAUAAACUUACAAGAAGAGAUGAAGGGACCUUUCAUUUCAGGAUUAUAAUGGAAGCUUAUACCGUAUUUUCCUACUCAAAGAACAAAAUCUCUGUUUCAGUGAUCGAUGAACCAAAUCCUACUGAUUUCUCUGUGCAAGAGGAGGUAAAGGAGGGUCAAACUGUGUCUGCAUCCUGCUCUGUGUUUCACUCCUGCCCCACAUAUCCACCUUCUUUCCACUGGAGUCACUCUGGAGAGCAGCAUGAUCAAACACAGAAGCUUCAAAAUGGCCAGUGGAAUGCAACAUCUACUUUGACCUUUCGCUCAAACCACUCUGAUCACAACAAACCUUUACAAUGCAGUGUUACAUACCACGGUGGAAAGCAGCGGGUAACAUCCAAGACCCUUAAAGUAAAAUAUGCUCCAGUGAAUGUGAAGGUUGAGUACCAGUCAGUGAAUGAGGGAGAGACUGCACACCUGAAGUGCUCCAGUGAUGCUAACCCUGUCAGCAGCUAUGAGUGGCACAGUGAAACUGGUGCUCUGCUGAAUAAGGGACAAACCUACACAAUGUCAAAUGUCUCCAGACAUUCAAUAGAGUCCGUGUACUGCACUGCUGUCAAUGAGGAAGGACAAGACAGAUCAAGCACCAUGAAGCUCAAUGUGUUAUGUGUUUUCAGUCCCGUUGCCACUGGUGCAUAA